AUGGCGCUUGGCUUUCCUCAUGUCCUUCCCCGCGUUCCCCGGGUGCGCCCCGGAUGGUCGGCGACGCGCUUUUACCAUGAUUAUGUCCGAUUCGCGACGCCAAACGGUACUGGGCGCAUCCCUUUGUCGUCUCCAAAGGUAAUUGGAGUCGCCAGCUCCAGAGGUCCCAGAAGUUUCCAAGAAGAUCACUACGCUUUUGCGUCUUUAGCAUUGAAUCCAGAAGAGCUACGACUCCACGUGAAGAAGAAUCUCGGGAUAGAUUGGGAUCCUAAACGGGUGGGGGAUGCUUUCUGCCAGCAAGUCGUAUUUGUGGGCAUUUAUGACGGCCACGGGGGGACUGCUGUUUCGCAGUACUUGCGGCAAGAGCUGCACGGUUUCUUCGAGUCUGUGAAGAAGUCCGAUAUACCAGAGAUGUACCAGUGGAUCAAGGAAAUAGGAGGAUAUUUCAAACGGUUCACCGGGGGUGCACUCGCGCCCUGGAUACAUGGCCCCGAAGGCACGGAGGAGAUGGACUUAGAAGCCCGCGCGACCCUCGCAUUCUUUGAGGUCGACCGCCAUCUGUCCAUGGACAUCGAAGCAAAGAAAGCCGGCGCGACUGCAUCUGUGGCCAUCUUACAUUCUUUGGACGUCCCAGCGACUCCAUUCUUCUUGUCAGACAAGCUGGCUUUGACUGUCGCGCACUGUGGCGAUACCCGUGUCUUGCUCUGUUCUACAGACGGAGGCAAGCCACUCGCGAUGACUGAUAUCCAUCACGCGGAUACUCGUACAGAGGCUAUGCGCCUGCGGCGGAUGAUGGGCCAAGCCUUGAUUACAGACUCUUUCGGAGAGCAGAGGUGGAUGGGCGCUCUUGCCAACACCCGAGGACUUGGUGACCUCAAGUUCAAGCGUUUCGGCGUCACACCUGAGCCUGAAGUUAGGACGAAACUUUUGAAAGGCCCUGAAUGGGCUUACAUGAUCCUCGUUUCCGACGGCAUCUCCUCAGUCGCCUCUGAUGACGAGAUUGUUGAUCUAGCCAGGGAUGCGCCAACACCUAAGAAAGCUGCGGAGAAGAUACUUUCUUACGCCGAAGAGCUGGGCAGCGAUGAUAAUGCUACUGCAAUCGUCGUGCCCCUAGCGGGAUGGGGGAAGAUCCAAGGACCAGACAGAACGAAGGAUCUGCGAGAGUAUAGGCGUGAGCAAGCUGUGGGCACUGAGAGACAUCAAAGAAUGUGA